GUGCGAAAUGGAAGAACCUAGUGUUAAGUAUAUUCUUCUACGUGAUCGCGUCGGACACACAGUUGGAAAGAGUUUGUUGUCGCUUGGCCUCAGAACGAAGUCUGCACCAUUGCAAGUUUUGCGAGGCGAGAUAUUAGAAGGUGUUCCGGCGGCUGAACAGCCUACAGACUUGACUAAAGUAGCUGUUGUUGGAAUUGAACGUAAAUCAUUACGUCUUGAAUGUCGUACGGAUGAUAUGACACGGCUAUCUGAAGAAGAAGCCAACUUGCUAUUGGCGAUUUCUUCGUCUGAAAGAAGAUACCAAACGUUCAUAGAUAGGAAACGUCUGGCAUUUGGAGGACAAUUGUUACCCGGAAGUGCAGUUUUCGUUGAAGUUAAAGGAAUAUCAAAGGUUUUACCUGGUGUUGUUUGGUAUAAAGGUGAAUUACCGCCCAGUCUGGGAACUUGGUUUGGAGUUGAACUCAUCAAAAAUCCAGGGUCAGGAACAUGCGAUGGAACAUUUAGAAACAAGCAAUACUUUACAUGUGCACGAGACUCAGGUGUUUUUGUUGGACUAGACAAAUUGACACCUCGAGAAGAUGAAGAUGACAUACGACCUUCAAAAAUUUCAAAAAAAGAUGAAAAUAAACUUAAGUCAAGUCUCAAGGAUUCAAUACUGUCGUUUUGGAAGGGAAAACAUGAGCAAAGGUCAUUUCAAGGAAUUGAUGGAGUGCUUAAGACUGAUGAAAGAGUUGUGACAUUUAUAAAUGAUACUCCAGCCAGAGGAACUGUGCGAUAUAUUGCUGAAGAGAAAGAUUCAAUGGGAAAUUCUUACAUAAUUGUAGGACUAGAACUGGAUGAAAGAGUGGGAUCUGGUUGUGGUAAAAGAUUUGGCUUUCAAAAGUUUAUUUGUAAGAGAGAUUAUGCAGCAUUUGUACCAUUGAAAACUGUCAUGCCAGAGAAGGACUUUGACAAGAAACCUGAAAGAGCCACAAGACAAGAGGCUCAGGGAAAGAAGGAGCAAAAUCAUGAAGGUGAAUCGUAUCCAAAAUCAAUGAGCCAUGUUAAUUUACCAUCAGCUACCAGGAAGGAAUCUGUCAUGAAGUUAAGAAGAACAAAUUCAAUGACCUCUGCUGAAACAGAACUCAUAGUGGCAGCUGGAGAAUCUAGCAAAACUGAUCCACAAGAAUUUAUAGAAAAACAACGUCAGAUGUUUAGGGAGUUUGAAGGUAAAAACAUACCAGAUAAUCAAGAUAAUGAUGUCACCAUGCAAGAUGAAGAAAGAACAGAUAGUGCCGAAAAUUUUCACAUUAAAGAUGAUCAUUUCAAGAGCACUCCCCAAGACAGGUCUGUUAGUGAUGGGACUAAGAUAAUUACAGAGCAGCCUGGUUUGUCAAAUGGAAACCUCGUAAAAAAUUUUGACCAUCAAGACACUACUCAGGAAUAUGACUCUGACUAUGUAAACAUUGGAAAGGAUGGCAGUCAAACCUUGAUUAGAAAACAUGAACAACACGGAGAAUACAAGGAACAUUUGCAAUCUGCAGCAUAUUUAACUUCUCAGCGAUCACCAACGUUUAAAGAGGAAGUGAAGCACUUAAAUCAAGGAACACAUAACAGUGAUGGAUCUGUGGCAACAGCCAAGUUUGUUGCAGACAGAAAGUCCAGUGACAGAGCAGAAGCAAUGGAAGUGGAAAUGGAAAGAGAGACUUCCUCGAAAGAACCUCUAGAGCAGCCGUAUGCACAAUCACAUACAUCCGCAUUUCUUGGAGAUGAUUUGGCAGUUAACAGGAGAACUGGUGGCAGUGACAUCAUGUCAGUUGAUAACCAUUGCGGUCUGGAGGUUGGAUCCAUGGUAGAGGUUCCUGUGGCAGAUGGUGCUGCAAGAUGUGGUGUUAUUCGUUGGAUAGGGAUUAUUCCACAAGUAAAGGGAAAGCUGGUUGCCGGUCUGGAAUUGGAAGAGGAGGAGUCAGCAUGUUCAGAUGGGACUUUUAAUAAAGAAAGAUAUUUCACCUGUCCAGCAGGGAGAGGUUUCUUCGUUCUAUUGGAAAAUUGCAGACCAGAUUCCCGCUUUGCUAACUCACAAACCGCCAGUGUCAGUUUAAAUGCUGAAAGAGACUUUGGAAGCAUGCCAUCUCCAGAAGAGGAAGGCAUAACCGAGCCUCCUAAAGCUCUUGAGGAUAAAUACUGUGGGCUCAUGCGUGGCCUCCAGGGUCACCAUAACUCAUGCUACCUUGAUGCCACACUUUUCAGUAUGUUCGCCUUCACAAGUGUGUUUGACACCUUGCUGCAUCGUCCCAGAAAAGAUGACGAUUUGGAGGAAUAUAAUAAAGUGCAGAGUGUACUGAGAAACUGGAUUGUCAAUCCUCUGAGAGUGCACGGUUUUGUUCGUGCAGACCGCCUUCUUGCGCUGAGACAACUUCUUGACCAGCUCAGCUCCACAGCAGGCCUAACAAAUGAAGAAAAAGACCCAGAGGAGUUUUUAAACUCUCUCCUGCAACAAGUAUUAAAAGCGGACCCAUUCCUUCACUUAAAGCCCCGAGAUGUACAAGAGAAGAAAGGUGAAGGAGCUUUCCUGUACCAGAUAAUACCUGACAAGGAUGAAACGGUGAAAAUUGCUCAGGUCCAAACUAUGUUAGAGCAGUCUUUUAUCUCAGCGGAUCUCAUUCUAUUUGAGGUACCAUCGUGUUUGAUUCUUCAGAUGCCACGGUUUGGUAACAGAUACAAAAUGUACGACAUGAUUCUACCCAAUCUGGAACUCGACGUCACUCAUAUCGUUGAAAAUGUUCCCCGAGAAUGCAACAUGUGCGGCUCUGACGUUGCUCAAUAUGAAUGCAAGAAGUGCUAUCAAAAAGGUCUCCUGAAGGACGAACCCGGAAUAGCGUGCUAUUGUAAGGGGUGUAAUGAGAAAGUUCACGCUCAUCGAAACCGUCAGGAUCAUAAACCGAAGCCGAUACUUCUACCUCGAAUCUACAGUCACUACAGUGACCAAGCGAAAACGGUGGAAAAACAGCUAACACUCGAUAAGCAGAAAAUGGAUCUCUUUGCUGUUGUCUGUAUCGAGACGAGUCAUUACGUGGCGUUUGUUAAGUGCGGUAUGGAAAAAGACGCCCCUUGGUGCUUCUUUGACAGUAUGGCCGACAGGAAAGGAGAAAGAAAUGGUUACAAUAUCCCUGCUGUGACACGUUGUCCUGAAGCACUGGAAUGGCUUUCCAAAAGCCCUGAGGAAAUAAUUGCAGCAAAGGAAAGAGGCGAGAUGCCCGAGAAAGUUCGUCGCCUGCUAGGAGAUGGGUAUCUCUGUAUGUACCAGAACUUGGACAUGACAAUGUACAAGUAAAUCUAGUGAAGUGGGACACGUUGGAAUCACGUCGAUACGUAGAUCAUGCGAGGACCAACCGCUUGUUGAAUAGGAAGUCAAGUUAAUAACUCCUUCAUCGCAUGAAAUGCACGAGUAAAACACGUCUGAAAGUGCCUCUCUUCCGUGUACAUAAUAGUUGUGCGAGAGCAGUGUAGGUAAGGAAAAAUUAACAAAUGUAAUUUUCCGAGCCCAUACUUAUUGUUUGUAAACACAUAUUUCAUAGCCUCGCUCGCAUCUAUGUAAGUUUGCACCGUCAUUUGAGACUAUAGAAAAGUUAAUUAACACUUAAAUUUCAAGGAAACGAUAGUUGCAUUUAAAGCAGAAAUGAAGCAUUUGAGGUAAUCUGGAGUGAUUUACCUCUCUUAGAAAGUGAGAAAAAUCAAAAUUUAAAACGUGUUGUAAUACGUAAAUGACACUUAGGCAUAAAAUUUCAUUUUGUACAGCUAUAGAUAACUUGAAGACUGAUAGUGACGAUAACUUUAUAAAAGCUUUUAAUGUCUAUCGUAGUCAUAUUCGGCGGGAAAUGGUGUCGUAGACGAGUAAAACUUACAGUUCGGGAACGUUUACGCGGUCGGGAGAACAGGUUGGAGGGUAAGAUAUGGACGACUUAAGGGUAUUAGUUAAUUAUUUUGUUCGAAAACGUAUUUCACGUUUUGGUUCAAUUCUGAUCUAUGGUUUACUUUUGUUAUAAUCCGCGUUUUGAAGUGCUCUUGCACUUCACGUUUUGAUUAGAAAACAGUAGAUUAUAAAAUAAAGUUGUUUGCAUUACUGUA